AGCUGCCUCGCUCGACUCGUUCCAAGCUGAGUGGAGGGGUGCUGACCCUCCCGAAGGAAGCAUAGCUCUGCUUUGCUUGCACAGAGGCUUCCAGAGUGGAGUGAAGAAUGGCUGUGGAACAUGUACAAGGCUCCAGCAAGACUGUGAAUCAAGGUUGAGACCAAGAAAUUAUUUCUGAAAAAGGAUAUUUAUGGAAUAGAAUCAUCCUGAUGAGAGAUAAUGGAAAGACUUAUAAAAAACAGCAUUGAGUGUUCAAGUUUCAGAGGUGAUUGGGAAUGUAAAAGCCAGUUUGAGAGAAAACAGGAAUCUCAGGAAGGACAUUUCAGUCAAAUGAUAUUUACUUCUGAAGACAUGCCCACUUUCAAUACCCAGCAUCAGAGAAUACAUACUGAUGAGAAACUCCUUGAAUGUAAGGAAUGUGGGAAGGAUUUUAGUUUUGUAUCGGUCCUUAUUCGACAUCAGCGAAUUCAUACUGGUGAGAAACCUUAUGAAUGUAAAGAAUGUGGCAAGGCCUUUGGUAGUGGUGCAAAUCUUGCUUAUCAUCAAAGAAUUCAUACUGGUGAGAAACCUUAUGAAUGUAGUGAAUGUGGAAAGGCCUUUGGUAGUGGCUCAAACCUUACUCAUCAUCAAAGAAUUCAUACUGGUGAGAAACCAUAUGAAUGUAAAGAAUGCGGGAAAGCUUUUAGUUUUGGAUCAGGCCUUAUUCGACAUCAGAUAAUUCACAGUGGUGAAAAGCCUUAUGAGUGUAAGGAAUGUGGAAAGUCCUUUAGUUUUGAAUCAGCCCUUACUCGGCAUCACAGAAUUCACACAGGUGAGAAACCUUAUGAAUGUAAGGAUUGUGGGAAGGCCUUUGGCAGUGGUUCAAACCUUACUCAACAUCGAAGGAUUCAUACUGGUGAGAAACCUUAUGAAUGUAAAGCAUGUGGAAUGGCCUUUAGUAGUGGUUCAGCCCUUACUCGGCAUCAGAGAAUUCAUACUGGUGAAAAACCAUAUAUAUGUAAUGAAUGUGGGAAGGCUUUUAGUUUUGGAUCAGCUCUUACUCGACAUCAAAGAAUCCACACUGGUGAGAAACCUUAUGUAUGUAAGGAAUGUGGGAAGGCUUUUAAUAGUGGCUCAGAUCUCACUCAACAUCAGAGAAUUCACACUGGUGAGAAGCCCUAUGAGUGUAAGGAAUGUGAGAAGGCCUUUAGAAGUGGUUCAAAACUUAUUCAGCAUCAAAGAAUGCACACUGGUGAGAAACCCUAUGAGUGUAAGGAAUGUGGGAAAGCCUUUAGUAGUGGUUCAGACCUUACUCAACAUCAGCGAAUUCAUACUGGUGAGAAACCUUAUGAAUGUAAAGAAUGUGGCAAGGCCUUUGGUAGUGGCUCAAAACUUAUCCAACACCAGCUAAUUCAUACUGGUGAAAAACCAUAUGAAUGUAAAGAAUGUGGAAAGUCCUUCAGUAGUGGUUCAGCUCUUAAUCGGCACCAGAGAAUACACACUGGUGAAAAACUCUAUGAAUGUAAGGAAUGUGGGAAGAAUUUUGGUUCUGGCUCAAGCCUUACUCAACAUCAGAAAAUUCACACUGGUGAGAAACUUUAUGAAUGUAAGGAAUGUGGAAAGGCUUUGGGGAGGGGCGCAGAAAUUCAUCAACAUAAAAGAAGUCAUACUGGUGAGUAGUUCUGUGAAUUAGAAACUUUCUAAGUUAAAAAAAAGAAACUCUAAAUUAGAAUUAUGUGUUUAAGGAAGGACACAGGACACGUAAGAAAAUUCAUCCUAGUGAGAGUCACUACAAAUGUAAGUAAGGUACAAAUGCCUUAUUUAUGCUUUACCACUUAGUCUGAGAGAAUUUUAUACAGGAAAAGAAAAACUACUCUUAAGAACUUUAUCUGUAUUCAUUCUUUCAUUAUUUUGGAAAAUUCAUACUUGUUAAUAUUAAAAUUAAAAGAUUGUGUAUUGUAUUUUGCCUUUAUUUUAAACAUUGAAAAAUUCAAUUGGGGGCUAUCCCUGCUACUUUUGUUUACUGAUCCAUCUCAAAAUUACUUUAAAUUAUUUAUUGAGGGUCUAAAUUUGCCCUUCUCCCUGUUUCUCAUUUGAAUGCCAUUUAUUUAAUAGCCAUAUCUAUUUUUGUAUUUUUUUAUUGCCUGUUUGAUGGUAAGUUAUAUUUUUAUACAUAUAAAGCAUGGAUAUCAGGUCAGUCUUUGUUUUCUAAAUUCGCAUAUAUGUGUUUGUAUCUGUGUUCCAUUUUGUUUGUGUUAAGCUACUAUUUUAAGUAUCCUUUAAUAUCUUAUGGAUCUGUAUCUUUUGUUUUGGAAGAUUGUUUUACUUUUAUAAAGUUUAUACUCUUUUUACAAAACAGUUCCUCUCUAUAUUAAUGUAGAUAUGAACAAAAAAUAGUUAUCUGUAAUCAUACCAAUCAUAGACAAUCAUUGUCAAACUUUUGUAGUAAACCCUUUAAGACUAUGUCAUUGUUUUUGAAAGGAAGUGUGAUUAUGCUAUACUAUAACCAGCCUUUAAUUCUUUGUAAAUAUGUUGUUACUCUUCUAUUGGCUUGAAACUAUUCACCUGUCUUUUUCAAACCCCUAUUUUUGUCAAAUAUUGAAAAUUCUGCCAUUAUAAAGAGUUACCUUAAUGGCCCCUUUUGAA